UAUUUACACAUUAAAUACAACUACAAUUAACAAUAAUGAUUAUAAUCAAUCAAUUGAUUUAUCGGACAAUAGUUUUAUCUAUAUAUGCGGCGGAUGGGACUUAAUGAUCAAUUUUUUUGCCGAUUGUUAUAAAUAUAAUCAUCAGUCAAGUGUUUGGCAAUCCAUACAAUCCAUGUCUACUGGGAAAAGUGAUUUGAGUUUGAUUUCAAUGGACACAAAAUUGUAUGCAAUCGGAGGGUUUAAUAAUGAAGGAUAUUCUUUCAAAAGCGUUGAAUCAUAUGAUACGCAAACAAAUCAAUGGAAAUCUAUAGCAUCGAUGAAUAAAAUACGCAGUCACCAUGAUGCAACUGUAUUGAAUAAUACAAUAUAUGUAUGCGGCGGUUAUUCUGAUUACAAUCAGUUAAAAACAUGUGAAUAUUAUUUACCAAAUACUGAUAAGUGGUCUUUUACGACACCAUUGAGUACUGUUAGGUCUAGUCUGGCACUGGUAGCACACAAUGGGUUUAUAUAUGCUAUCGGAGGCUAUAAUGAAAAUGUUGUUUUAAAUAUAAUGGAAAGAUUUGAAACAACUACACAACAAUGGCAACCAAUGGCUAAUAUGAAUUAUACCAGAUACUUUUUUGGUUCAGCAUCAUUUAUGGAUAAAAUAUAUGUUUGCGGCGGUUGGGGUAAUAGUGAUGGGAAAUCAUGCGAAUCAUAUGACCCGAAAACAAAUCAAUGGACACCAAUUGCAUCAAUGCUUUUAGAAAGAUAUGCAUUUAAAUUGAUUGCAUUCAAUGAUAAAUUAUAUGCAUUGGGUGGAGAAACAAAUGACUAUAAGCUAACAGAUACGGUUGAAAUAUAUGAUUAUAAAUCAAAUCAAUGGUCGUAUACUAAAUCAUUGCCAAUAAAAGUUUCAGACUUUGGGGCAACAGUUAUAACAAAAUUAUAAACCAACAU